AUGUCCAGUCAAGAUAUUCAAAGUAUCAAUAAGGAUGACUCCUUUGUUUUACCAAGAUUGGGUAAAAACUCGCCUACAUUAUCCUAUUUUUGUGUUUACAAUCCUUCAUUGGGGCAAUCCGAAGAAAACACCAAAGACCAGAUCUUGUAUUAUACUGCAAAAAAAGUCGUUCCAGCCGAUGUAAAAAUGAAACAGAUUGGCUUGGCUCAAGCUCUCGUAAACUUUACGUCCACUUUCUCACCUUCCCAUCCGACUCAAAACGUUCAUUCACAGAAAAACAGAAUGAUCUUUUUACAACCUGAACCUGGAUUUUGGAUACACAUGUGUGUAGAGUUGGGUGUUUCCCGGAAACAGAUAAAGGAUUCGAAAGGAAAAGAAAAGCUAGUAACAGAAUACUUGGACUCUCAGUUGAAUGACAAGGCUUUGGAGGCCGUUCUAAAGAUCGGAUACGAGCAAUUUAAGUUAUUGAACGGUACCUUUACCUAUCUUUUAUUCGGAGAUAGUGUCGAAAAGCCGACUCGUCAAAGAACCAGAGCAUUGAUGCACGCUAUUGAAGAGUUUUUUUCGGAAUGGAUUUGGAAGUGGGAUUUCGACCGAUUAGAUACCAUGUGCUUUACUGCAGUAUUUAAUGGUGUGCCUGUUCAGCCUGUAUUACGCAACAAUUAUUUGCGUGUGAAUGAAUUAGACAAAGCCGUUCAAACAAAGUUCGAAAAUCAUAUUAGUCAUUUGUUCGUAUUGAAUCUGGAAGAUGGUGGAUUAGUAUACCGAUCCCCUACCCUAUUAAUCAACGACGUUUGCUCGUUGAGAAAAUAUGUGUUGAAAAAAGUAGAGAAGUACCUCAAGAAAGAAAAGGCUAAGCUGGAUAUCGAGUCCUCAUUAAAAAAAGAAGUGAAACCUUCGGGGUUAAAAGCCUUCACAAAAUCGAUAUCGACCUCGCAAAUACUCAACUAUUUCUCAGUUGGCUCAAAAUCAACCGAUACAGUGGCUUCAUCUACACCAGCCUCCAUUAGUACAGAAGAUUCAACAAACUCUGGACUACCUGCUAUCUCAGAUAUACCAACUGAACCUACCUCGCCGGAUGGAUCAUCAGUAACAGAUAUGACGGGUCAGGGUAUAUUUUUGACAGGGCUCAUUGAAAAGAUGGCCAUUGGUAUGAAUGGAGAAGAGAGACCUGUAACAAGAUCAGAGUUAAUACGUGUACAUAUAUCAAGUGAUAAAAAUGGUGAACAAAAUGACACAUUACUACAAUAUUAUUUGCUAAUCUACAAGCACAAAAGCAAUCUAGUUUGGAGUUACUUGCUACCAGCCACAUCCAAAUCGGAGGAUCUGAUUUCCGAUCCGUUGUUCUAUAUCGAGCUUGAAAAUUAUAUGGGUGAGAAAAAGUUGGAUCAGUUGACGGAUGUUUUGAAUGAGAAUAUCACUAGUAUGCAAGAAAAGAGGUAA